AUCCUCUGCAGAGCUGAUCCCCUUGAAACAAUGGGGUGGGUCACUGGUAGUACCUUAGCAGUUAGUAAAUGAGAAGGGUGCUAAGAUUUUCUGGCAAGGAGUUCCCAUCAACUGGUGGCAAUUCUUUAGACGAGGGAGUGCAACUAUGAGCCUUCAGUAGUCACAAUAGCUGUGGGAGGAGAGCAGGGGAAGAGUUGGCAAGGCACCAAAACAUCAACUACAUUAAUCCUACAUGAAUAUGCUUCCUAUCAAAAUGGUCAACAAUGAGAAGACAUCAUCAUAUUGCAACACAUUUGAAAAAUGAGACAAAAAGAGUUUAGCUUACGAUCAAACGCUUUGCCCUUUAUAUGCUUUCCAUUUUCUCAAACAUCUUACAGCUGAAACUCAAGUUGGGCACCAGAAGAGAUCAGUCAGCAGAUUAACAUUUCCUCAACACCUUCCAUGUCAUUCACUUCGUGCUAAGCGCUUUUGAAAACAAAAAUAGGCGCCAGUGUGGUGGUGUAGCAAGUGAAGCCACCGCCUGUGACACUGGCAUCCAUAUGGGCCCUGAUUCAAGUCCCCGCUGCCCCACUUCCAAUCCAGCUCCCUGCUAAUGGCUUGGGGAAAGCAGUGGAAGAUGGCCCAAGUGCUUUGGGACCCUGCUACCCACGUGAGAGACCUGGAAAAAGCUCCUGGCUUCAGUCUGGCCCAGCCCCAUUUGUUGCAGCCGUCUGAGGAGUGAACUACCCAAUGGAAGAUCUCUCUCUGUCUCUCUCUCUCCCUUUAUAACUCUGACUUUCAAAUAAAUCUUUUAAAAUAAAUAUGAGAAUUCUGCCCUAGGAGAGAUUUCAGGAAGGCCAAAUUUAUGUCUAUGAAAAUAUGAUCAGACAUAAUAACAUUAAACCAGGUGCAUAAUACUGGCUAUUUCAGAGAAUAAACAGAAUUAAUAAUAAAAUGCUUGCUCUAUAACCUUGACUAAUGAUGCUCAGUAUCUUCACUCAGUUAUUGAGUGGGGUUUGAAAUGCUCCCCACCAACACCGAGGGAGGUUGAAGUAGGUAACAAUGGCAAGUUGUUCUAAAUAACAUAAAGGCAAAGACUAGCAGAAAUAUCAACUAUGCUGUGUUGCUAUUCAGCAGAUUCCAUUAUACAGAGACGGGGAGGGAAAGCUGUAGAGUCACUUGCCCACACAUUGGUCUCCCUGGUGCAAGUGGGUAUUGUUCUGCAUCCCAUGGCAGGAUUAGAAACACUGCCAAGGAACAAAUACACAAAGUUGUUAUGGAAACCAGAAUUCUUGGGCUCCGAGUUAUUUACAGAGAACUUUCCGGAUUACCACAUUCAAUAAAAUCAACUCUGCUGUACCCUAGGGCAGUGCAUCUCAACCAAAGAUCUCUUUUUUGAGGUUCUUCAACCAGCUCUACUUAGGCAAUUGCACAAUGAGGAUUUUCAUAGCCUUUGAGGGAUCUUUCGAACCCUUCGAUGUUUCAGCAGAUGUGACUGUAGAGGCUGUCAAGCUGAUGAUAAAGGAUUAUUUCCACAUUCCCCUCUCUGAAGACAAACAAGGCCGGCGGUAUCUGGAACUGAUGUACGCUGGAGCUGCACUAAAGAACAGCUGGAGUCUUGCUGAUGUUGGAGUAUCUUUCUGUUCAACUCUCAAAUGCUUUCUUAAGGAAGAAGAAAAGCCUACUCUCUAUGUGUUCAAUGCUGUAACCCAAGAGACAAUGGCAAUAAUGGAGAACAUUUCCCUUCUUGGUAAAAAAGUAUCUGAUCUAAGAACACUGGUCACUCUGAAAUGUGGCUUCCCUGUGAGUGUCUACUGUCUCCGGACCCCAGAGCGAGUAGAGAUGUAUGACUGCAACUCCCUCAGGGACUACCAGACUGACAUCGGCACCACACUUCGCUUGGACGUCUGGGAUGGAUGGAAGGAAUUUCUGAUGGGUUGUCUCCUCGGACAAAAACUAAAAGUCCAGCGCUAUCUAUCAAAAGAAGGACCAGUACUCAAGUAUCAGAGAAGGGUAGCCCUGUACAUUGCUGCCUUUCACGGCCACGUCGAGCUCACUGAAUGGGCCCUGCAGCAGGGCGCGCGGCCCCACGAGGCGGUCGGUGUUCACCCCUAUCGAGCCUGGUGCCAUGAAGCCCUUCAUGCAGACAUCUCUAAAUGCCCCAUUCACGCAGCUGCAGAAGCGGGCCAGCUGCUGAUUCUGAAGGCCUUUGUCAACUGCAGUGUGCUGUGCCUGGAAUGCACAGAUGCAGCGGGACGCACUCCCCUGACCAUCGCGUCCAAACACAAGCACAAAGACUGUGUGUUAUAUCUGCUGAGUAAAAUGUGGUCCACGGUUUCUUUUCUGAAAAUCUCAGUCCCCAUGAGGAUUUACAUUAAAAUCAAACAAUGGAUCCUCAGAGCUCAGAGCCACAGCCUGCACAGCAGCCGGCUGUGCAGAGCAAGGGUCUUUGGGGCCAAAGUUGGAGACACUGUGAUGGUGGAUGGCUUCACCAAGCCCAAGAUGACCUCCAAGAGCUGGCAUCAGGCCGAGAACAAGGACUCCCGCAGCACCUUGCCCAAGCUCCCGCUUCUCAUGGAACACACUGCAAGCAGGACACCUGUCAAUCCUUUGGCAAUUUCACAGCCGGACACGAAAGAGCAAACCCUCAAAUUUCCUCCACGGGUGGAUGCAAAUACAUCCUCUGUAUUACAAGAACAUCAGCAUCAAAAUCAGAAAAAAGUUAUUGCCACAGCCAGGAAAAAGGAGAAGCUCCUAAAAAAUGCAUAUCUCCCCCAAGUGCCCCUCCCUCCAGUUUCCAGGGCUGGAUAUUCACACCCAUCUUUUUACUAUACCCCCAGCGCUGACUUUUUACGAAAGUCCUCCUUUGCAUCAUUCUCAGAGCACAGCGGGAGGACUCCAAGGGAGAAUGCAAUCUACUGCCUGGCCAUGGCAAGGUAA